UGUAGAUCCAUAUAUAACUCGUAAGUCGUGAAUAGCCCAUUUAUAGCCUUACUAAAAAUAACUCUUACCAGCCAAACAGUUAAAGCUUCCAAAUCAAGAACCAAACAGUUUUUUCUCUGUAAAUCAUUUCUUCCAUCAAUGGCAUUUCCUCUCCAUUACGGUUCUUGCCCUGUGGUAAAGAAUAUACUUCUUUUGGAUUCCGAAGGAAAGCGUGUAGCAGUUAAAUACUACUGUGAUGACUGGCCAACACACAGCGCCAAGCUUGCUUUUGAGAAGUCUAUUUUUACCAAGACUCAAAAGACAAAUGCUCGAACUGAAGCGGAGAUAGCAAUGUUUGACAAUAACAUUGUUGUCUAUAAGUUUGUGCAAGACCUUCACUUCUUUGUGACUGGAGGUGAUGAUGAAAAUGAACUAAUUCUAGCCACUGUUCUCCAGGGCUUCUAUGAUGCAGUUACCCUUCUACUCAGGAGUAAUGUUGAACAGAGGGAGGCCCUUGAAAACUUGGAUUUGAUUCUUCUGUGCCUUGAUGAGAUUGUGGAUGGAGGGAUGAUUCUUGAAACAGAUGGUAGUGUCAUUGCUGGCAAAGUUGCCAGUCAUAAUAUGGAUGAUGGGUCACCCAUUUCCGAACAGACAAUCAGUCAAGCUUUGGCAACGGCUCGUGAGCAUUUGACAAGAUCACUUCUCAGAUGAAGCAUCACAAUGCUUGUGAAAAGAGAUGAAUUGAGCUUCAUUCUUUAGAAGUGUCGUCCCCAAAUUUUUAGAUGUUUUUUCCUUAGGAUGGAAAUGUUGUCCAUCCUUCGAGUCUAUUCACGUUUUUAUUUCACAGAAUGUCCUCUUUCUGUUAAUUUUAAUUCUUUUACUCCAAAGAUUAUUUAGCUACUUGUAGUAGGUCAGCCAUUCCACAAGUUGGAUUUGUAUUGACUUGUGAUAGAGGCUUUGAAAAUUUAAUACAUUUUUGUCGCAAUGCUGGAUUUUCAUUUC